CUUCAGGGCUUGUUCACUUCGCAGCUUGAACGCUUUUCCUCAUUCCGCAUAUUGGGUCACAGCCUACCGCCUCAUGAAUGAAAAAACCUCAAGUCGCUGGAACUUGUCUCGAUCAGAGGUUUGGUAACCUUGGGGAGGAGGCUUAUAGUUGUAGAGUCUGACAGCAUCAGGGUGGAAGAACCUGACGUGUCUCACCGCAGCCUGUGUCUGAAGGAGCUGCCCAGGGAUCACGGAGUUCUCCAAGGAUGAUAGACUGAUGAUGUAAACCUCCUCCUCUGCCCCACCACCUGCGCUGGAUCAAGGGAGCAUCCCAGGACAGGGAGUGGUCUCCUCAGCACACCACAAUCCUGCAGCAACUCCCAGUAACUGUGAUGCCUCCCAGCUCCACUGCUACCAUUAAGCCCAGUGGCCACGUCAAGGAGGAUCUUGUGGAGCUGAUGAUGAUCCAGAACGCUCAGAUGCACCAGGUCAUCAUGAACAACAUGACCAUGUCGGCUCUCGGGUCGUUUGGAUAUCCCGGCCCUUCGCCAGGUCCCGAGGCUCCCAGAGCUCAGGUUAUGAUCCCAGAGAACGAGCCGGACCCGCAAGUGUACCACCACUAUUACCAGCCUGCCUUGUACCUGCCCCACCCCGCGUGGCUCCAGCCCCAGGCCACAGCGGACCGCCGGGGAGACUCCACCUCUUCCCCGCCGCAACACAGAGACAGGCCUGCCGUCCCUGCCCCUUGCCCACCGAACGCCAACGUCGCGCCUGCCGCAGAGAGCAACGGUGCCUCCGAGGCAGAAGAAGCAGAGAAGAGGAGUGGAUGAAUGUUGGAGCAGUCCCCAAACAACUUUUGUAAUCGUUACCAGUAAACUAUUUAUAUAUAUUUCACUUUAAUUUUAUGGUAGAUGAAAACAAUGCAGGAAUAAUGAAACAAGCAACAAAAAAAAGAUACAUGUAUCUUUUAUUUCUCCAUUUAGUCUGUUACAUUACCCACAUUGUCCAGUAGGGGGCAGCAGCUCUUGUUGAUGAUGCACUGACAAGGUCGUGACGAGUAUUCACAGUGGUUUCACAUGCUACACCACACAUUCCACUUGUAGGGAACAUCGCAAAAAGGACACCACACGUAAGAUUUACUGCUGUGCCCCAUGUUUGACCUUGUCGGGUUAUGUUUGAAGACAUUUAAAUACUUUUAAAUCAUUUGAGUAUUUUGCAUGUUAAUUAAACAAGAAAAACAGGAGUUUCCUCACCGGCUCACGCUCAAAUGAGUGGAAAGGUACUGAGUCGAUGUACAGCACAACCCAAUUGUUGGGGUUUAUACUACCAUAUUUUUUUUUAGAUAAGUAGCCAAAUACGACGAGCACCGAGCAGCUGAGACAGGCGAGACACAGGAGAGAAUUUCAGUGUCACAUUAUUAGGUUUGUCAGCGACAAAAUUCCCACACUUCCUGGCGUCUACUGAAAAUAGUUUCAGGGUUUGGAGGUUCAUUCGGAGUUUAACAAGUGGAUUGUACAGUGACAGUGAGCACAGUAUUCCAGCAGCAGCGUGGGAGGGUAAUUUUAAACAUAGGGAGCGAAGGCAGCACACCCAAAUCUCUGAUAAAACACUAGGAUUAAAAGCUCAAAUGGGAAGAACGUGCCGAUACGGCUGUCUCUCCGCUGUCUCCAGGGUGAUGCCAGUGUUUACACAGCUAUUAAUAUCAAAGAACCACACGCUGCCUAUCACAGGGAGGCAGGUGAGAGUGAUGAGAGAGCGGGUGGGGACAAUGAAUCAAAAGGGGUUAAAGAGACAAAUAUAGCCGGUGGAGGAAUUCAAUUCCACCAGAGAAGAGCAGCUAAUCGCAGAAGUAAUAACUGAUAAAUUAGAUUGAGCAAGCUGUAGAUGGGGAGAGCGAACAGGGACGAGGUGGCGCAGUGCAUCAGUUUCAGCUCUGAGCGUUGACGGGAGAACGAUGCGUUCUGUGUUGAGGACAAAUCCAGGAGUGCGCCAUGAAAGAUAAAUGAAGAUGUGAAGUGGUGGAGUGGAGUUGGUGGAGUAGGGUGGAGGACACUGUGACAGUGUGCCUAUCCAAACUACGGCUGACAGAUAGCUAGCUAUAUAUGUCAACUGUCCAGUGACGGACUGCUAAGUCUAAAAUGCUUUAUUUGUAUAUUGAGGUUUUCACUAGUUUUUCGAUGUCAGCGUGCUUCCUUUUCAUCACAGUGCGUGAGCUAACACCUCUUAUUUAUUUAUAUCCCCCCUGUUUUUUCUCUCCACAAGCUGCCUGCUUUAAAUCCUUUUAAACAAUGUAUGUCAGGUUUUCACCAAUUGGGUUCAUCAUCUACUUUGGCUCAAACCAGAACCAAAUCAUGUUCAUGUUGCAUUUGAGACAGACACCAGGAGAAAUGUUCAGCUUUUAUUUGUAAAAAUAAUAAAUAUCUACGAAAAUAUUUCAGUGCACACGUUUUAAAUUCAUUUACACAAACUUAUGCAUUCGUAAGUGUGACAGCUUCAGUUCCUCUAUCAGAUAUGAACACGAGCUGCCACUCAACCACAAAGGCAGACCAGUUAAUAUACUGUUAAGAGUGGGUUAUUAGUUUUCUUUUGAUUAGAGGUGUCAGUGUACACACACGCGCGCGCGCACACACAAGGACACACAUAUUC